UUCUACGAUCAUUUUAGGGCAGGAGGAGAGGAGGAUGCGAUGCAAGGCUCGCAGAACACCUAUGGCGUCAAGUACCAGGCUAGAUGCAUCGCGGCUGUUGUAGCUGACACGCAGCGGACGCGAUUUCUUGUUGGUACGCUGAGCCUGCGGGAGGAGAAUGAGAUACACCUCUUGCAAAUUGGAGACAAGACCGGAGCUCUAGCUUUCGAUGGACUAUACACGCAUCCUUCCGAGAUCUGGGGACUCUCGGCUUGUCCAUUUGAUGUGAGCAUCUUGUCCACUGUGUAUGCAUCCGCUGGUGAAUUCGGUGCUGCAAUCUGGAAGUUACCGGAGCGAGCAAGGGGUGCUGCAAACACGCCUUUGCAAAAACUAGCCUCUCUAGACGGACAUACACAGCGCAUCAAAUGCACUCUUUGGUUCCCGAAAGGGAAACAUCACCAGAUAGUUAGCAUCGACGCUGAGAAUUUAUAUGUCUGGGAUUUGGAUCCGUCUGGAAAGCCUGCCAAGGAGCUGGGGCGUGUCUCUUCUGGCUUGCAGCAGAUGGCCGGAGGCUGUUGGAGUCCUCACGACGUAUACAUCGUCGCCACUGCGUGUGGAACUUCCUUGAAGUGCUGGGAUCUGCGAACUAUGAAAGAAGCGAGCACUGUGGAUCAAGCUCAUGCAGGACAAGUUCGUGACUUGGAUUACAAUCCAAAACGGCAGCACACAAUAGUUACUUCUGGAGACGACUCAAAAGUUCGAGUAUGGGAUUUGAGGAUGUCGGGUAUGCCACUAUCGGAACUGCCUGGGCAUGCACACUGGACAUUGCGAGUACAAUACAACCGUCGGUACGAAGAACUGAUUCUCAGCGCAGGCACCGAUGCAAUGGUGAACCUUUGGUACGUACCUCCUCCUGCCGAAGGCAAAUCUAAAAGUUCUCUGAGUUCUCCAAAGAUUUCGGAUCCCCUUGUUCGCUCUCAUCACGAGCACGAAGACAGCAUUUACGGCAUCGCGUGGAGUGCUAGAGACCCCUGGGUGUUUGCAUCUUUAUCAUACGACGGCAAUGUUUACAUCGACUACGUCACUCAAGCAGUUCGCAAAAAGCUGACCACCAAGUAGUAGAGCCCACGUCUUGCAACUCAUCAGCAGAGAGCUCUCCCCGGCCCUUCCGAUCUUUGGCAAGCAGCAUCAGGUCUUUGAUUUUCAUUUUACCGGUCCAACGCAGCAACUGGCAUGCGUGGCGCAAAGUAUUUCCAGGUCCCUGGCGCAAGCCUCGGUGAUUUAGCAGCUGGAUAAGCUUGACGCAGUCGAAAACACUUUGCUCGAGUUUGUCCGAGUAAAGCAGGGAGGUUUUCUCUCUUCUCUAGCCGAUCAUCAAUUUAAAAACUGGUUUGAGAUCCAGAGGUUC